AUGACGGUGAUUUUUCUAUUUGGGACUCCAGGACACAUCAGUCCCGAGAAGAACUUCCUUGGACUCCAAAAAGCGACGAUCCGCGUCGCCCUCUUUCUAUUUUACCCCCACCAAACGCCCGACCCCGACCCCGAUCCCUCCACCCCCACCACCGCCGGCGAUGGAUCCACCCCUCUCCCGCCGCUCCCCGCCGCCACCGCCGCCGUCGCCGUCGCCACCGCCACCAGUAUCCCCUCUCCUACCCGGACUCCCUCGACUCCCCCUCCUCCCCCCCGCGAUGCCGCCUCCGCCGCAGCCCACGACGACCUUCUCCCGCCGAAGCUCCGCCUGAUGUGCAGCUUCGGCGGCCACAUCAUCCCCCGCCCCCACGACAAGUCCCUCUGCUACGUCGGCGGCGAGACCCGCAUCGUGGUGGUGGACCGCCACGCUUGCCUCGCCGACCUCUCCGCCCGCCUCUCCGGCACCCUCCUCCGCGGCCGCCCCUUCGCCCUCAAGUACCAGCUCCCCUCCGAGGAGCUCGACUCCCUCAUCUCCGUCACCAACGACGAGGACCUCCUCAACAUGAUCGACGAGUACGACCGCGCCGCCUGCCCCUCCUCCUCCCCGCUCCGCCCCUCCCGCCUCCGCCUCUUCCUCUUCUUCACCAAGCCCGAGACCGCCACCUCCAUGGGCACCCUCCUCGACGACUCCAAGUCCGAGACCUGGUUCGUCGACGCCCUCAACAACGCCGGCAUCCUCCCCCGCGGCAUCUCCGACUCCGCCACCACCAUGGACUGCCUCGUCAACCUCGACCCCAGCGGCGAACCCCAGAACGAUCUCGAAGCCCAGGUCGAAGAUCACCACAACAACAACGCCGCCGCCGCGGACGACGGCAGCGGCGGCAAGCAAGUGAAGGCCGUGCAGGACGUGCAUUUCGCAAUGCCCGACUCGCCAGUGGUGGAGAACUCCUCCUCCUCCUACGGAUCGUCGUCGUCCUCGCCCUCCAUGUCGAAUCUGCCUCCGAUAAGGGUCCGGGUCGAUCAGAGAGGCGUCGGGAUCGAGGACCAAUUCGCCCACAUGAGCAUCGCCGCCGCGGGCCAUCCAUACAGGCACGAUGACAUCUAUGGGGCCUUCUCGGCUCAGCCGCCGCCGUUCCCGGCCGGGAUCAUGGCAAGCGUGGCGGCGAGCGCGGGCAUGGCGAAUCAAGCCGGCGCCUGCGGCGACAGCAUGAGCAGCAGGGGCCCGUCGGACGACGAGAGGUCGGAUCAGGGAGCGCCGCCCGCGGCGUUCCGGAAACCGCCGCUGCCGAUGCUCCAGACCGCGCAGGCUCAGCCGCCGCACCAGAAGUCCGCGGCCGCCUACAAUUUGCCGUCCCCUGAUUCAGUCGCUAGUGACAGCAGCAUUGCAUCCGCAUGCUCUCUGUCAAGGCCCAUGUACUACGAAGAUCAGGCUCACGCUGGGCUCAAGGAACAGAGGAGCGGGGCGUUCAGCCCGACCGACCCUGCCGACCCGGCCCACCAGCCCCCGAUCCCGCAGGCGGCGGAUCCCGGCUACGCCCCGCCCCCGCCUUCGGAUCAUCUGCCUCCGUUGCCCCCGCAGCCACAGCAGCCGCAACAGCAGCAGUAUGUGCACAUGAGCACGCAUUACAUCCCACACCCGCACCAGCACCAGCACCAGCACCAGAGCCAGAGCCCGGUCCUGGUCUCAUCAUACUACCCGGUCUAUCAGACGCAGUCGCAGCAGCAGCAGCAGCUUCACCACCCGGUGUACAUGAUGCCCGACGGGUCGAUGGUGGGCCAGGCCAGGCCCUUGCCGUCUUCUAGCCCGGCGGGUGGCUAUAAGGACUUGACCCCGCCGAUCUACCACUCGAAGGCGCCCGCCCAAGUGACGCCCGAGAUGGCGUCCGGCAUGUACAGCUCGUACAUGGCCUCGCCUCAGCAGCUGAUACAAGUCUCGGCUGGGCAAUACCAGCAGCAACACCCGGGCAUGAUGGCGCAGAUCAAUCAGCAGCCCCAAACUACUGCCGCCGCCGCUACUCCUGCGGCGGCUAACAACUACGCAGCAUUUGACUACUCGUACUCCGCGCAGGACCUGGCGUACUUCGCCCAGCAUCAGGCUUCCGUGAUGCCCCCUCAGUACCAGAACUUGGCGACUGCCGCCGGCACGAUGGCGGACGCUCCGAAGCAGCCCUCCGGCGACAUCGCCAAGCAACAAAUCAUGACAUCGCAACAGCUUUGAAACGUGGCAGGAAAUUCGAAACGUUGGUUUCUCCAUGUAAAACUAUCAACUAUGUCCAUUGCAUUGUUUCUUUCUGCCUAUGUUCAGCAAAUUAAUAAAAAGGAUUAGAUUGUUCUUCCUUC